UCUUUCAGGCUUUUUUGCAGGGGUGUCUUGCAUCAGUCAAGUGAGUGUGGAGGGACCCAAGCGAAGUGAGAGAGAGGAGAGUGAAAGCUUGGAUUCUAACAGACUGAGCUGGGGACAGGGACGCUUACUGGAAUACACCUCAGACUUCUAGGAACAAAUGGUUUUCAAGGAGUAACUCUUUUAAAGUUUGAAGAGCCUCUCCGUGAGUGAGAGUGUGUGUGGCGUUUGGGAUGAAGCGCCUGUGGGACACAAACUUCCCGCUGCUCAUCCUACUCUACCUGUUAAGAGAUGUCACCUCUCAGGUCAAUCCAGGAGUGUGUCGGUACCCUCUGGGGAUGUCAGGAGGGCAAAUUCAAGAUGAAGACAUCUCAGCCUCCAGUCAAUGGUCUGAGUCUACAGCUGCUAGAUACGGAAGGCUGGACUUUGAGGAGGGCGACGGGGCGUGGUGUCCCGAGACAGUGGAGCCAGAUAGUCUGAAGGAGUUCCUCCAGAUUGACCUGCGCUCCCUCCACUUCAUCACCCUGGUGGGUACCCAGGGCCGACACGCUGGGGGCAUCGGCAACGAGUUCGCCCAGAUGUACAAGAUCAAAUACAGCCGAGACGGCAGCCGAUGGAUCUCCUGGAGGAACAGGCAGGGCAAACAGGUGAUCGAGGGGAACAGAAAUGCCUACGACAUUGUGCUGAAGGACCUGGAGCCUCCAAUCAUCGCCCGCUUCGUCAGGUUCAUGCCCGUCUCGGACCACUCUAUGAACGUGUGCAUGAGGGUGGAGCUCUACGGCUGUGAAUGGCUCGACGGUCUGGUGUCCUACAACGCCCCGGUGGGAGAGCAGAUGAGUUUGGAGGGAGAGUCUGUUCACCUCAACGACUCGGUGUACGACGGCGCCGUCAUCUUCAGUAUGACCGAGGGCCUGGGCCAGCUGACUGACGGGAUGUGUGGGCUGGAUGACUUCACCCAAAGCCACGUCUACAACGUGUGGCCCGGUUACGACUACGUGGGAUGGACCAAUGAAAGCUUUUCCAGUGGAUACGUGGAGAUCAUGUUUGAGUUCGACCGAGCGCGCAAUUUCACCACAAUGAAGGUGCACUGUAACAACAUGUUCACCAGGCACGUCAAGGCAUUUCGCCAGGUUAUGUGUUACUUCCGCUCUGAAGCUGACUGGGAGGCCAAGCCCCUAUCCUUCAGCCCCUCGCCGGACGACGUCAAUCCCAGCGCCCGCUUUGUCACGGUCUCUCUGGCCAAUCACAUGGCCAGCGCCAUCAAGUGCCAGUUCUACUUUGCCGACACCUGGAUGAUGUUUAGCGAAAUAACCUUCCAGUCAGACACAGCAAUGUAUAACACGACUCUGGCUCCUCCCAAAACCGGUGGUGGCCCACCCACUAGCACUCAACCAGGGGAUGACCCCACCCACAAAGUAGAUGACAGCAACACCAGAAUUCUGAUUGGAUGCCUGGUGGCUAUCAUCUUCAUCCUCGUCGCCAUCAUCGUCAUCAUCCUGUGGAGGCAGGUCUGGCAGAAGAUGCUGGAGAAGGCUUCGCGACGGAUGCUGGAUGAUGAACUAACGGCCAGUCUGUCAACACAGAGCGAGGUGUUCUCCUACACCCACAACAACCCGUCCUCCUCGUCGGGGCCCAGCGAGCAGGAGUCGAGCUCCACCUACGAGCGUAUCUUCCCCCUGGGGCCUGACUACCAAGAGCCUUCACGACUCAUACGCAAGCUGCCCGAGUUCACAGAGGAGGCCGGUUUGACCAACGCAGCAGUGGCAGCAACAGCUUCAAAAGCUCCCGCGGCAACAGUUGGCCAGGACGGAGUCCCUCACUAUGCAGAGGCAGACAUUGUUAACCUGCAGGGCGUUACCGGUGGCAACACAUACGCGGUCCCUGCUCUGACCAUGGACCUCCUGUCAGGGAAGGACGUGGCAGUGGAAGAGUUUCCCAGGAAACUGCUCACUUUCAAAGAGAAACUAGGGGAGGGGCAGUUUGGAGAGGUUCAUUUGUGCGAGGCAGAGGGCAUGCAGGAGUUUAUGAACAAGGAUUUCCCCUUUGACAUCACUGAAAACCAGCCAGAAUUAGUGGCUGUCAAGAUGCUCAGAGCAGACGCUAACAAAAACGCCAGGAACGACUUCCUGAAGGAGAUUAAGAUCAUGUCCCGUCUGAAGGACCCCAACAUUAUCCGCCUUUUGGCCGUGUGCAUCUGCAGUGACCCCCUCUGCAUGAUCACAGAGUACAUGGAGAACGGAGACCUCAACCAGUUCCUGUGUCGCCACGAACCUGAGGGCCAGCUAGCGCUCAUCAGCAACGCGCCCACUGUCAGUUACAGUAAUCUGUGCUACAUGGCCACUCAGAUAGCUUCAGGGAUGAGGUACCUAUCCUCGCUGAACUUCGUCCACAGGGACCUGGCCACACGAAACUGCCUGGUGGGGAAGAACUACACCAUCAAGAUCGCUGACUUUGGAAUGAGCAGGAACCUGUACAGCGGGGACUACUACCGCAUCCAGGGCCGGGCUGUCCUUCCAAUACGAUGGAUGUCCUGGGAAAGCAUACUGCUGGGUAAAUUCACCACAGCCAGUGACGUGUGGGCAUUCGGGGUGACGCUGUGGGAGACCCUGACCUUCUGCAAGGAGCAGCCUUACUCCCAGCUGACCGAUGAGCAGGUCAUAGAGAACACUGGGGAGUUCUUCAGGGACCAGAAGCGACAGAUUUACCUGCCCCAGCCGGCGCUGUGUCCCGACCCUGUCUAUAAGAUCAUGCUGAGCUGCUGGAGGAGGAACACCAAGGAGAGGCCAUCCUUCCAGGAGAUCUACCGAGCGCUGCUGGAGAGCCAAGCUUAGGGCCUGCAAGCAUACAGACUGACAGAUAUACACAUGGGUGGAUGAAUUGCAUCAACGUGGCAUUAAGCAUCCGUCAGUACAUAGAACAAGUGAUGGAGAAAUGAUGAAUGGCUAUCCCAUUCAGAUAGAGGCCAAAGUGAAAUGUAGCAAUUCAAGUUUGGCACUUUUCAAUAUUUUCCAAUUGUAGUAGAAAGUUUGAUGUUCCCACCUUAUUAAAUGUGGCGUCAUGUAAUGUCUAUGAAUUCAGUUGUCUUUGGGAAGACUGCUUGAAUGUAAAUAAGAAUGCAGUUUCAUCGAUGUCUUCAUUAGGUCAACCAUCCGUGUUUAGUUCGGGGAUUUGUUAGAAUUUUUAUAUUUUACGUUUGUGUCUUUUGCAAGGUUAUUCAUCUCAGUCUCAACACUUUAACUACAGGCACCAGGGGAAAUUAUUAGGUGGUCAACACGUUUCACUUUUACAUGAUCUUGUCUACAUUAACUAUCAGCUAUUAUGAAUCUGUUGACGUUGUGCCAUAUAGAAGGAUAUUUAGAAUCAUAUCUUUUGGCUUUGAGUACAAUUGAUGAAAAUAAAUCAUAACCAGACAACAUCCAUAACUCAAUCCUGUUUCAACUGUAGAACUAGGGCAGUACUCUCAACUCCAGAGCAUGCCAGGUAUGUCAGACCGCUCCGAGACAUCAGUGUGUACAUCAACAGGUCUCUAAUAUUAAUAUUGUCAAUUGAAAUGUUUAUGUAUUGUUUAUAUUUGUUAGUUGGGUCUGCUUCUAGUUUAUAUAUUGAGUUAUUGGUCAGCUUUUUGUUUUGCAUGGGAAAAGUUGUACAGAGUUGUAUACAAUUUUUUAACUUCAUUUGUGUAGUUUUGAAUUGUGUUCAAUGUCUCAGUCGGUAGUCAUUUCAGAAAAUGGCAGUUAGCCUUGUGUGAGGAUAUAAUCAAUAACACUACAAAUGUUUGUCCUAGAGACACAUGUAAUCCUCUGUCAUUAAUAUUUCUGACUAAAUCACUGUCCAAAUCAGAUCAGAGAUAAGCUGCAUUACUGCUGCUCCGUGUUUGGUCCAUAACGUUCAGAUUAUGGCCAAUCAGGUACCAGAAUGGAUGGAUGACUAUGGGUGAGCUGUAAGUUCAGACGGGUCUUUGGAAAGUGAAAUGUAGGAAAUAAUGGUUCAAGAUUAUAAUUUUUUUUACAAGUUGUUCUAAGCUAUCUUUGUGUUGUAUUGAAAGUGUUGAAAUUAACAGCUGUUCUGUACAAAAAACUAAACAUCUGUUUAUGAUUUUUCUCUGUUGAAAGAGAGCGAGAGCUGGUUGGAGGGUUUCUGAGUUGAUGAAAAACAGGUCAGAAAGAUAUCUACCGCACACAAGGACAGUUGCCGUACAACAAGACUGUUGCUAUAGUAGCUGUUGCGAUUAUGCAACUGAAACGCCAUUACCUUGGAAGGCCUUAGGUGUAAACCCUGAAACCUUGCAUGUGUUAUUUACCUGUCUACCAUCUCCAGUCUUCAUGGCCCAGGGCUUAGUGUUGAUGGCAAGCUUGCUACAGUCACACACAAAUUCAACUUCACUCAGGGGCCAUCCUCUUAUCAGCAGUCUUUGCCCCUGUACCUUACUUCUCACAUUGUAUUGUCAGUUAGAAUGAUUAUCUUUCUAGGUUAUGUUCAGAUAUAGGCUGAGAUCCAAAACAAAUCCUCUGAUAAUGUUUUUCAUUCUGUGUAUCAUGUAUCAUUUUCUCAUUUUUUUCCAGACACUUUCUUGACCAUGAGCUAACCAUAUAUUGCCCUGUGGGAAGUAUAUUUGUAAAUAUAUAGUAGGCCAAAGAUAAACAUGCUUGAUGGUAUAGCUGUCAGUAGUGUGGAUGAUGCAUUGAUAUCCUAAAGUCCAAGAACGGACCCUUUCACUGCAUCUCAGUGCUUUGUUGUGUAUUAAUGCUUUAUUAUUGUAUUAUUGUGAUAAGCCGGCUAUAAAGACAAUGAUAGCAUACUAAUGUAUAUUACUGAAGUUGUAUAGAGGUUGUAACUGUGUUUCUGCGCAAGGAAAUUCGAUAAUGGUUUAAUUGUAUUAGAUAUUUGAACUCAAAUGUUUGUCCCUGAACAAAUAGUUGAAUUCAGAGAAAGCAUCACAUUUGGACUGAUUUGUCAUGAUGAUAAUUUGUUACAGACAAAAUAAAACAGAAA